GAAAAAGAAGAAAUGAGGUUAUAUUUUUGUUGUUACUUUAAAUGUCAUAAUAUCAAUAAAGUUUUAGAAUAACUGCACCCACUACACACUAUUAUUAUUAGUAUGAUUUAAUAAUUUAAUGUGGAUUUAAUAUUAAAAGAAAUAGACCAGAACAAUGGGUUUGUUAACGGAUCCAACAACUGGCCAAGGCAAAUUUAUAAAAAUUCUUUUGAAAUAUUACAGCUAUGCCUGUAUGUUAUUGUACAUUGGUGGUGUUAUAUGGUUUUUAGCUUUAGCCUAUCCUACUAUGAAUGCAAAUACUUAUUUUUCGGAAAAUGCAUUGCUCCCUGGUCUAGUAAAAUCUCAGUUUCGCGAAGACAGAGAAGCUGCUAGAUAUCAUGAAGAAUUACUUGAUGAAAUGAAUAAAUACCAUGAUUCGAUUCCAUAUUCUUGGUUACUAGCCAAAUUUAACCAAAUAGGAUUAGAUACUUAUACGCACAAUUUUACUCUUACUUCUCCUUUUAAUAGAAAAGAUAAGUUUUCAGGUAAGAAUGUUUAUGGAAUUUUGAGGGCCCCAAGGGGGUCUAGUAGUGAAGCUUUGGUGUUAAGCACACCUUUUAGGCCUAGUACAAGUGCACAUCCUCCAACAGCUCCAUCCGUUGCUAUCAUGUUAGCUUUUGCUAAAUUUGCAAACAGGGAAAAAUAUUGGGCAAAGGACAUAAUUUUCCUAAUCACUGAACAUGAACAAGUUGGAGUUCAAGCUUGGUUGGAAGCUUAUUAUGGUGUUAGUUGUGGUAGUGAAAAUAUUUUAGAUCAUGGAGACCUCAGAGGCAGAGGUGGUGCAAUUCAAGCAGCUAUCAACUUAGAAUUACAUAGUGAAAGAAUUGGUCAAAUGGAUAUAAAAAUUGAAGGCCUAAAUGGUCAACUACCUAAUUUGGAUCUUUUUAAUUUGGCAUCAAAGAUGUGCACAAAAGAAGGAGUAUAUCAAACUUUCAAAAAUAAAGGACCAUUUUAUUCCAGAAAACCAUCUAAAGAAUGGUUGAAUUAUUUUAGAAAUAUGCUUUCUAUGAUGGGUACGCAAGCCACUGGAAUUCCAAAUGGUAAUCAUGGUCUCUUCCACAGAUUUGGCAUCCAAGCUCUUACUCUUGAAGGAUUUGAACAAUCAAGAGCUAAAGGCAGUAAUAAAAUUUGGUUUGUGGGUACUGGAAGAAUCAUAGAAGGAAUAUUUCGUAGUUUGAAUAAUCUACUGGAGAGGUUUCACCAAAGUUUCUUUUUCUAUUUGUUGCCGUCCUCAGAUAGAUACAUUUCCAUAAGUAUUUACAUUCCUUCCGUAUGCUUGAUGAUCGGAACUAUGUUUAUUAAGGCUUGUGCGAGAUGGUUCAAGUUGCAAGAAACCAGUUGUAAAGAAAUGAGUACAGAAACUCAUUCUCCACCAGUACGCAUCGAUAAAAUUAUAACGACCUUCCUGGUGACUCAUUUCUUCGGAGUUCUGGUUUCGAAUAUACCUCAAUUCAUGUCUCGAUAUAUAACAUCACUUUCCGUUUAUGAAACGAACGUUAAAGUGUUCUAUCCACUUCUGGCAUGUCUUGUACAACUUUUAUUCAUUCCACUGUUCAUCAGGAUGAGACAUUGUAGAAAAAGUAUGGAGUUGUUGAAUAUUCUCGCCAUGUUAGAGCUGGGUACGGUUUUAAUUUGCAUUUCAAUGAAUAAUUUUUCGUUGGGAUUUUUCUGCGCAAUUAUUAGCGUACCUGCUGCUCUGUUAGUUAAUCCAUCCAGUUGCAGAAUAUGCUCAUAUUUCCAGAGAUUCCUCUGGUUCCUGGUCCAUCCGUUGAUCAUUUUGACAGUCGCGGUAAUGAUAAACACAUAUUUCCUGUUUCCAGAAGAAAGGAUGAAAGAGAUUGUGAUAAGAGGUUGGGAUGCUACACAGCAAUCGGUCAUUUUCAGUAUUGUCGAUUCCAUGGUUUACGGUAACUGGUUGUAUGGUGUGGUUACUAAUAUUUUCAUUCCAAACUGGUUAUGUUUUUGGAUCGUUUCGUUUUGUGUGUUUAAAGAAGACGAGAUUGACACAGAAAAAACGGAAGAUAUAACCGAUAAAGAUAUAAAAAAGACUAAUUGAAAUAAUGCUGAUAUACAUUAUUUUGCUGGUUAUCUAACAUUUGGUUUAUAAAAAAUUUUAAAAUUGCAGUAGGUAAUUGUAGAUGAAUUAAUUAUGUUCGUCAAAAUAUUCUGAUACUGAAAAAAUGGUGAUCAAUUUUCUUGUACCUCAUUAUCCAAAAAUUGGAUAACUGUUGCAUUUCUUUUGUAUUGUGAUAUUAAUAAAAAAAUGAUAC